ACAACUAUUCCUAAUUAAAAAAAAAAGAAAAAAAAAAUAAUAAUUACAAGUUUGCCCUUUAAUUACAUUCUAACACUAAUUAACCGGCCAUUUAAAAAAGCUUCUGUUAAAGCAGACAAGCAGUAGCGAACACACAAAAGGAACAGAGGAAUUUACUAUUCUCUUGAUUCAUUGAAGCGGCUUGUAAACUUGUUCUCUUCCAUCGAAGCAGCAUUUGAGUUCUCCAUUGAAGUGCACUCAACUUCGCACUUGUCGUUCUCCAUUGAAGCGCCUUCUGAGGUUUGGAGAUUCAUGGCAGAGGGAGAGGAAGACUUGCCCAGGGAUGCAAAAAUUGUGAAGUCAUUGUUAAAAUCUAUGGGUGUUGAGGAGCAUGAGCCCCGUGUUGUGCACCAGUUUCUGGAGUUGUGGUACAGGUAUGCCGUUGAUGUCUUAACGGAUGCACAGGUUUACUCUGAACAUGCCGGCAAAACCUCAAUUGACUGCGAUGAUGUUAAGCUUGCUAUCCAAUCAAAAGUGAAUUUCAGCUUCUCACAACCCCCACCCCGGGAGGUAUUACUCGAGCUUGCUAGAAACAGGAACAAAACUCCCCUACCAAAGAAUGUUGGAGGCUCUGGAGUUCCACUUCCUCCUGAAGAGGAUACACUGAUUUGCCCAAAUUAUCAGCUAGUGAUACCAAAGAAGCAGAACCCCCAGGCUUUAGAAGAAACAGAAGACGAGGAGACUGCUGCUACUCCUAGCACAUCUCAAGAGCCAAGAGCCGAUAUGAUGCAGAGCACUCCACAGAGAGUCUCUUUUCCUCUGGGAGCUAAGCGUCCAAAAUGACCUCUGACCUUUACUUAUCAGACACAACAUUCAUCAUUUCAUGGUAUGGUCUUUUCCCUUUUGAAGAGCACCAUGUCAGGUGAGAUCUCCAUUUUUUUUUAUGUACAUGGGAUUCCUGGGAAUUUCAAGUUUCUAGUCUGAAACUUCAUCAAGGUGGCCAUGUGGGAGCUUAUAGAUCAGUCGUCUGCUUGUUUAACUUGAACGAAAGCUACCUGUAUGCUACUAACACCAUAAAACUGUAGCGAAUGUCAGAUAUAUUGUAUGCAUCUGAAGAUUACGACGUGUUCUCUUGUUGUAUCUUAAUACAGUAGUAGUAAUACUGUUUGUUUUUUAAAUAGAAGUGAUAAUUGCUUUAUUUUUCAUGUAAAUCGUAUUCCAUUCGGAGCAUGAAACAAAAACUUAUGUUCUGUAGAGUUCCUUUGGCGGUGUUCAUCUUUGAAAUAACUUAUCAACUA